AUGCCCCAGCAGCAGAGCGUUGAGUCCUUCAAGCGCAUCUCAUUCAUGGCCGAUGGUCAGGCCCGCAUCACGGAGGGCUCGUCGCGGCGCUUACUUCCGGUACGAUCGAGUGAACCCUUCAGCGACGAUGCGGGCCUGCCGAUGCCGGCCGCGCUCUUUAGCUACUCACGCAUCAUUGUCAGUAAGAGCAGGGACGCAGCAGCAGCAGCAGCAGAAGCAGAAGCAGGCCACGCACCGCAGAUGAGGACUGUGGCAAGGCACGUGCCAUCUUUCUGUCCACCGGAACGCAAUCACUGCGGUGCAGCGGUAUCACAUAACGCAACUCUGGUCUUGUCCACCAUGAAGCCGGUAUGCUCUAGAAUGAGCUUCUCUGUGCUGCUGCACGUGUACGAUCUUAGCAACGGACUUCUUCACCGACACAGCGAAGAGCUGCUUGGGAUCUAUGCAUCUGGCGUCUGCCACAGCAGUGUGGUGUGCUACGGCAUGGAAUUCUUCUUCGAAGGUGGCAUUGACGUGGCAUGUGCUGGUUGCACCCGCUUCGGGAAAAACUUCGACAAGGUAGAUCUUGGCACAACAACCAAAACCUUGAGUGAGUUUAUGGCUUGGAUUCACCAACACAGGGAGGAGUAUCAGCUGAAUCUGUAUCAUCCAACACAACAUAAUUGUCAUCACUUCACCAGAGAAGCAUCUACCUUCUUGAUUGGCAAAGAAGGUGCUCAUCCGUCACACCUCAAUGACACUGUGAAAACUCUCAUCAGUACGAAAAUUGGUGCGGGUGUGGAUGAACUUCUGUUUCGCUUCAUUCGCGGAGUGCAGUGGGUGAUUGCCAAGACACAGCGCGAUCGGAUGUUGGAGCGACAAAGAAGUGCGAUGACCAUUGCGCGCUGUGCCAGGGCUUAUGGUGUGGAUGCUCAGCCUCCCCGCUCUGUUGUGCUCUUCCGUGUCGAUAGCGCCCUCAAAAGUCGUCAGGCACUCGAGGCGCUGAUGCCGUACGUUGAGCAGUUGAAGCAGCGUGGCGUGCUUGAUAAGCCUUGGAGAGGAGCGAUGCAAUUCUUCGCCACACUUUCUGAGGGAGGGGAAGUAAUUGAUCCUAAGCUUGCAUUGGAAUACGUAGAGACAGUAGCUUGUGUUUUAAUGCACACGCACGUGACGCUUUGGGGGCCCAUCCUCAAUGGCCUGCGCGUCGCCAUACUGCACAAGACGGUGUUGUGCAACUGCGUAUUCCACCCACGGCUUAUUGGUAUACUGGGCGGUGGGGUGCGGGACUUUUUGAGCAUGACGGCUGACGGAAAACUCGCGUUGCUUCGGGUUUUGUGUAACUUGUCUUCUGGUGUCCACGGCGCUGUUGUCCUGAACUGUAGGGCCUUCUCCGAACUGUGGGUGAGUGCUGUUGGCCUGGCGCUCAUGGAUCACCGCAACACCGCUAUUGUAUACACAGGGGCCGCGCUUGCUGUAAACUUGACGCAUUCCUUUAUGUUGACCACAAACUCGUUGUUGGCGAGGCUGUAUGAUGAUGUCGCUGUGCGUGGACACCCCGUUCGUGCGUUGCUGACGGUUCUGCUCUUUCAUCUGCGGCACUGGCCCCCCGAACGGGUGACGGAGGCCGCGCUGAACAUGGUGCUUCUUGCACUGUUCUUUCUUCUUUCCAGCUGUGAGGCCGCCGUGGAUGCUGCAGCAGAGCAUCCGUUCAGGCUGAAUUAUAUGGACCUGCUCAAGAGGGCGCGAACAAACGAAAGUAAGGCACUUAUCUGCCUCUUGCAUGGUCUUCAGCAUCUCUGA